AUGACGAAGAGCUUUGUGGAGAUCAAUCCUGCUGCCAACACUCCUGCUGCUGAUACAUCAAUAGAACUUAAGGCACCUGAACAACCAGACUCCUCCAGGAUAGAGGUGAUUUCAGUGACGGAGGAAGACCUCCCCACUGUUGAGACCCCCAACACACUGAACGUCAGCCCCCUGGGUAGCUUUGCCCAAUCGGAGAAAGAAUCUGUCAAACCUGAAGAGCCCCGACCUGCGGCUGCACCCAGCCCGACCAUGCCCAUCACCAAGGUGCAGCCAUUUAUGCACGAUAUAGAGGAUGACUUGGGGAAAAGCUGGAAGAGCAGACUGCUGACCCACCGCUUGGAGCUGCUAAUCGCCUUGUGUGUCCUCGUGGUGGUCACUCUCGUUCUCGGCAUCGGCCUCGGAGUGGGUCUGAGCUGUGUGGGGAAGUUUCGUUGUGGCUCAUCAUCUAAAUGCAUCCGGCCCUCGGCUCAGUGUGACGGAGAGGUGCACUGUGACAACGGAGAGGACGAGCUCGGCUGUGUGCGUCUGAGUGGGAGGAGGUCCGUCCUGCAGGUCCAGAGAGGGGGAGUCUGGAGGACAGUGUGCUCAGAGGGCUGGGAUAAUCGGCUGGGGGUCUCUGCCUGCAAGCAGCUGGGAUACUCCAGCUAUGUGGAGUCAUUCUUCGUCUCUCUGACCACCAUUGAGCAGGACCUUCAGGACAACCUGGUGUCCAUCAACCUGAGCCAGUCACGGAUCAUUAAGCUCCAGAACGCCACAACUUCCAGUAAGGCUCAGUGCAGCUCAGGGAAGGUGGCCACUCUGAAAUGUCUGGAGUGCGGCUCUAGGCCCCGGUACAGCACUCGGAUCGUCGGAGGUAACAUCUCCAAGCCGGGUCAGUUCCCCUGGCAGGUCAGCCUCCACUUCAGCAGUCCAGAGGUAAUGUGUGGAGGCUCCAUCAUCACAUCACGCUGGGUCCUCACUGCAGCACACUGUGUGUACGGGUUUGCAGACCUCUCCAACUGGACGGUCCUUGCGGGGCUGACGAAGCAGCCGGUCCAAAUGACUCAGUCUCUGGCUGUUGAGCAGAUCAUAUACCACGCUCGCUACAGAGGACUGGACUACGACAUCGCACUGAUGAAACUGAACACGUCACUUGCUUUCAAUGGUUUUGUGGAGCCCAUCUGCCUGCCAAACUACGGGGAGGAGUUUGAGGAGGGCACCAUGUGCUGGAUCUCUGGAUGGGGAGCAACAGAUGAAGACGGAGAGAGCAGUGUGUACCUGCGCUCGGCCGUGGUGCCGCUCGUCUCCACUAAGACCUGCAACCGGCCAGAGGUUUACCACGGCUUCAUCUCCUCCUGGAUGAUCUGUGCAGGAUACCUGGAGGGAGGAAUCGACUCCUGUCAGGGGGACAGUGGAGGUCCUCUGGCCUGUGAGGACUCGUCUGGAUGGAAGCUGGUUGGUGCCACCAGCUGGGGAGAAGGCUGCGCUAUGAGGAACAAGCCGGGCGUUUACACGCGCGUUACACAGGCGCUGAGCUGGAUCCACCAACAGAUGGAGAGAGAAGAGGCUCACAAUUCUCCAGCUCUGAGCAAAGACAACUGAAGCACCAAGACUUCUCACAGGAUUCUGCUCGGAUGUUUCCACAUUUGACAAAUAAAAGAGAAAACUAUAGCGAUAAAC